AUGCAGAAAGAAACAUUUAUUACUUCACGAAAGGAUCGAGAAAUACGGAAGAGGGUGUUAACACCAGGGGACUACAAUGUCGUGCCCUAUGAGGAUGCUCGCUGCAAGAUCACUUUAUCUGAUGUUAAAUGUACGAACGGGGUAGGAUGUUGUGAGAUUGAGCCCCUAAGCCGCAUUUUCAGCAGAGCUUUCGACGGUAAUGUCCUCAUUGGGGACUGCGAUACUUUUAUAGACAGAGACUUUGAAUUGAUUCUGCAGCAAAUGUGUUGUGGUGAGGUUUGCGAAGCCACGAUGGUGUAUAAAGAUGAGGAUGGCACGCUCAUGAAGGAGAUAUCGUGUAAGGUGGAGCUGCGGGAGGUGACUGAGGAGCAGCUGAUCAGUGAUUGGAGUUGGGAGCGGCUGUAUGAGGCGGCUGUACACCACAAGGAGCGUGGUGUGGAGCUGUUCAAGCAAGGGAGGGCUGUGGAUGCAUUCCGCAGGUUUAACAAGGCCCUGAAGAUGCUGAUUGCCACUGAGCCACUAGACCCAGCAGUGGUUAGCGAGGAAGUGGUCAAAGAUAUGGUCAAUCUGAAGGUCAAAUUGUACAACAACUUAGCACACUGCCAGCUACAGUUCAAUGAGUAUGAUGCUACCUUGAAGCUGUGCAACAAAGCCCUCAAGUUUGACCCCGAGAAUGCUAAGGCACUCUACAGGAGGUCAGCCGCACACUCCGGUUUGAAGAUGUAUGAAGAAGCUUGGACUGACAUCCAGAAUGCUCUACGUUUAGACCCAACAGACAAAGCAUCACAACGAAAGGCAAGCUCACUCAAACCAAGAAUUGAAAAGAUCAACAAAGAUUACACCAGCGUCAUCAAGAAAAUGUUUAGUUAAGUAAAUCACUGAUCUCUGGAGUUUAUGCUAAUGAUACAUUGGAAUAAAACUAUUGGAACUGAUUCUAUCUUGAUCUUUCUCGAAAAAUCAUAAUGUUGGUAAUAUGAAUAGCAAGUAUAUUGCAAGUGAAGUAGGUUGUGGGAGAGUUUGGCAGCCAGCCUCAACAUAAAUCGGGUCUAGACAGAAAGAUUUGAAACAAAAGAAUGAAUUAAAGAUAGUUUUAUCCCAAUAUGACUAAUCACUUUUGAUUAUCUGAAUGUUAGUUCCCUUUUCUGUGGCUCUAUCAUUGUAAGGUGUGACAAUUUACCUCUGUAUCUCAUCAGGGAAGACUGUGAUGUAUUGACUAUGUAGUGAGUGUAUUUUGGACCCUGUGGCCCAUACUCUACAUAUCUUGAAGGUCAUGGAAUGCUCAAUAUGAAUAUUAUGGAUUAAAUCAGGGAUUUGAAAACAAUUAUUUGAGAAAUAACAUCUUGUGCAAUGGCACUUUUUGUUUGGCCCACGAUACACGGUUUCCUUGGGGUCACGGACAGUAAAGCUUGGUGCUAUGAGGUAGCCAGGGUAUCCAAAAUAUUUUUGAGAGCCAGUAAUACAGUCGGCAACGAAAAUGUUUAUACGGUAAUGCUCAGUGCGCGUGGUUUGUAGCUAAACGCACGCGUAAUGAAUUGCGAAGUGUACUCAUUAGUGAGAGAGCUGUCCUAGCGCUAAUUAGUUAAUGUAUCAUACGGGAUUUGACCUACAUUUUCAUACCAUCGCGGACUGCAGCGCGAAGGAUUUCUCCUACAGAUAUAUAACGAGCUGUGACCAAAUUUUCUGCAUCCGUGGUCAGUUGGUUAAAGAUUUAUGACACCUAAUUAUUUAUUUCUAAUUUCUUCUUGAUGUCUUCUUUUCCUAUAUGUAAAGUCGAUUUGAAGAAAGUACGUGGUUUAUAAUCGUUAAACAUUGGUAGCAGUCUAUCGUCAUCGUUUAAUGAAACAAAUAAUAUUACAGAGAUGACGGAGAAUAAUAUUUAAUGAUUUGAACUCGGAUAAAUAAUUGUUCUAGACAAGUUCGAAUAAUAAUGACCACUUUGUCAGUGGCUUUACCUGCUUGGUAUGUUUACCGUCAACCUGUGUGUUUAUAACCCCGCUCUGAAUUCCCAUAAUCGUAUAAUGUUGUCUUCGUAUUUAUGUGUCAAAUUUUCUAUGUGUAUAAUGUAGGCAGAAGUGUACGAAAAGAUUGAAUCUUACGAAAUACCUAUUAGGUAUAUAAUUAUAUACCACUCCAUGUGCUGUCUUAUCUAUGUCCAAAAUUAAAGCUAUUUUUGAAAUAAAUAUUUAUGUCUAGCACAAGAAAAUGCAUUUAUGUAUAAAUGUUAUGAUAUAAGUCUUCAAAUGAAAUCAUUCUGUCGUGUUUUUGAAUAUCUUCUUGUUAAGAUCGAAAUAUAGAUAAGUGUAUAGAGUUGUAAAUAUUAGAGUAAAAUAUAUUCCUUAUCUUUG